CUCCCGGGCUAUAAAAACAAGCGGCCGUGUCGCCGACACUGUAGACUCACUGACGCCUGGCCAUGACCAUGCUUAACGCCGUCAUGGACGCCAUGCAGGACUUUGGGGUGAGCAGCACCCGCUACCUUCAGACCAACUACCAGGAUGCCCAAGGCUUGUUCCUCUGGGUGUCUUGGGCGGCGGACCUCAGGAACACCUUCUUCAUCUUCUUCCCGCUCUGGUUCCACUUGCGGUCCUCGGUGGGCAUCAAGCUCAUCUGGGUGGCCGUCAUCGGAGACUGGCUCAACUUGGUGUUCAAAUGGAUUCUGUUUGGUGAGAGGCCUUACUGGUGGGUCCACGAGACGCCCUAUUACGCCCACGGCGCUCGCCCUCACAUCGAACAGUACCCCAUGACCUGCGAGACCGGCCCAGGCAGCCCCUCUGGCCACGCCAUGGGAGCGGCGGGCGUCUACUACACCUUGGUGACCUCCAUACUCGCCAUCACGGCCAGCAAGAGGAAACACGGCAACAGGAAGUCCUCCAACAACAGGUACCUGAAGGCCAUUCUUUGGACCUUGUUCUGGGGAGUCCAAGUGUGUGUGUGUCUGUCCAGGGUCUUCAUCGCCGCCCACUUCCCGCACCAGGUGCUUGCUGGGGUCCUCACAGGCGUGAUCGUGGCCGAGGCCUUUGACAGGACUCAGUGGAUCUACAGCGCCAGCAUGAAGAAGUACUUCUACACCACGCUCUUCCUCACCUCCUUCGCCGUGGGCUUCUACCUGCUGCUCAAGGCCGUGGGCGUGGACCUCCUGUGGACGCUGGAGAAGGCCCAGAAGUGGUGCGUGAGGGCCGAGUGGGUCCACCUGGACAGCACGCCGUUCGCCAGCCUCCUGCGCAACAUGGGCACGCUGUUCGGCCUGGGCCUGGGCCUGCACUCGCCGCUCUACACCGAGACCAAGAGGAGCGGCGGCGCGCUGGCGAAGGCAGGCUGCGUGCUGGCCUCGCUGCUGCUCCUGCACCUCUUCGACUCCUUCAAGCCGCCCACGCACACCGCCGUCCUCUUCUACCUGCUCUCCUUCUGCAAGAGCGCCACCGUGCCCAUGGCGACCGUCAGCAUCAUCCCGUACCUCGUCAACGGCGCGCUGGGCCUGCACGGAAAGAAGGCGCCGUGAGCCGCGCAGAACUGUACGGACUUUAAGGAACAGGAAGUGCGAGGUAAAAACUGGCGGCCACGAAAGCCAGCGGUCAGCAGAGAACAAUGAGACUGUAACAACGCUACCCAUGAUGCCUUGGGGCGCUUACAAGAGCAGCACUUGUGCUUCCGGCUCUUUCACUUCGUUCAUCAACUCAGCCAAUGUUUUGGACUAUUUUUUAAUAAAAUCUUGGACUAAGUUC